ACGACAAUCAUUGCGGUGGAGUUUGAUGGAGGGGUUGUCAUUGGAUCUGACUCCAGGGUGUCCGCCGGAGAUGCUGUGGUGAAUCGAGUCUUUAAUAAACUGGCUCCUGUCCAUGAGAAGAUAUUUUGCGCUCUGUCAGGCUCAGCUGCGGAUGCUCAGGCGGUGGCCGACAUGGUACAUUACUACAUGGAGGUGCACAGUGUAGAGAUGGGAGCGCCCCCUUUAGUGUUGGCUGCUGCAAACCUGGUGAAGGGGAUCAGUUAUAAGUACAAGGAAGAGAUGGUGGCCCAUCUGAUUGUGGCGGGAUGGGACCAGAAGAAUGGGGGACAGGUCUACGGGACACUGGGCGGGAUGAUAACGCGACAACCUUUCGCAAUUGGCGGAUCUGGCAGCACAUACAUAUAUGGUUAUGUGGAUUCUGUUUUCAAGCCUGGGAUGUCAAAGGAGCAGUGCGAAAAAUUUGCCGUCCAUUCUUUGUCCCUGGCCAUGGAUAGAGACGGUUCUAGCGGAGGAGUCAUCUACCUUGUUACCGCCACCAAGGACGGGAUGAAGGAGAACAUUAUCAGUGGGGACAGCAUUCCUCGCUUCUAUAACCUGUAGACAUGGAAUGACCUAUUGUAAAUAAAUAUUGUGGUCAAUCUACACGUUAUUUAAAUAAAUUCCCAUCUCAAAGAUGGUAUUUAACCUUGUA